CAGGGCAUGGGACAGUGAAUGGUGACUGAGAUGCUACCUAACAUCUCCAUUUGCUUUCACAGAAGAAGGAAAGUCAUGCAGGUUUUCAACAAUAUGAGGGCAGGUUAAAGGGCGAUUCCACAACUGAACAUCAAUGAUCUGAGAAACUCUAAUGUGAAGGAACCAAAGAACUUCAGUAUGGAUUUAAAAGACAGUGACGGCAAACGGGCAGAUGAGUGCACCACCAGAAACGUUGACCUCUCUUGUCUUCCAUACCCUCAACUCCACCGAUAUGCCCCUGGCAUGAUUGACCUCAACAGACUGCGACUGCAUCGUGUUAUUGGGAGGUAUGAUGGCGUACAGGUUAAACAGGAGAUGGUGAAGCCGCUGCCACUGUGGCCCGCGUCCCCUCUGCUCGUGCACUCUCCAUCACCAUACUUUUCCCCGUUCCAUCCAAGUUUAGUCCCAUUCCCCUUCCUCAUGCCUGGCUCCAUCCCGCAUCUCUCCCCAAACACUGUCUACCAGAGCGAGGCGUUUCGGUAUCGCCGCAGAGGUCAAGAGGCCAGCAAAUCUGCUCUGACCAAUGCUGAAAAACCUGGGUUGGGUAUCCAUGUCGACGAAAGCUACUACGUCGACGUCGGCCAUAAUCAAAAGCGCUGGAAGUGCCGCAUGUGCGAGAAAUCAUACACCUCCAAAUACAACCUGAUCACGCACAUCCUGGGUCACAGCGGCAUCAAACCACACGGCUGCACCCUCUGUGGGAAGCUCUUCAAACAGCUGAGUCACCUGCACACGCACAUGCUCACUCAUCAGGGCACGAGGCCGCAUAAAUGCCAGGUCUGCCAUAAAGCCUUCACGCAGACCAGCCACCUGAAGAGACACAUGAUGCAGCACAGCGACGUCAAACCCUACAGCUGCGGCGUCUGUGCACGCGGUUUCGCGUACCCCAGCGAGCUACGUGCGCACGAGCUGAAGCACGAACGAGGUCAGGAGAACGUCUGCGUGGAAUGCGGACUGGACUUCCCGACGCUGGCGCAGCUGAAACGGCACCUGACGGUGCACAGCGGGCCAGUAAAGUACGACUGCAGCGAGUGCGGGAAGAGCUUCCAGUAUCCGAGCCAGUUGCAGAAUCACAUGAUGAAACACAAGGAUAUUCGGCCGUUCAUCUGCAGUGAGUGCGGGAUGGAGUUUGUCCAAUCACAUCAUCUCAAGCAGCACACACUGACACACAAGGGGGUGAAGGAGCACAAGUGUCGUAUCUGUGGCCGUCAGUUCACGCUGCUCGCCAACAUGAAACGCCACGUUCUGAUUCACACCAACAUCCGGGCAUAUCGUUGUCACCUGUGUUACAAGAGCUUCAUCCAGAAACAAACGCUCAAGGCUCAUAUGAUCGUCCACUCGGAAAUCAAACCCUACAAAUGCAAGCUGUGUGGAAAGGAGUUUAACAGAAUGCACAAUCUCAUGGGCCACAUGCACAUGCAUUCUGACAGCAAACCCUUCAAAUGUCUUUACUGCGCCAGCAAGUUCACUCUGAAGGGGAAUCUGACCCGCCACAUGAAGGUCAAACACGGGAUCAUGGAUCAAGGACUGGAUGCUCGGGUGUUCAGAAGUUGCGGGCGGUUGUGUCUCUCGGGCCCGCUGCGGAUUCUGUCCCGCAUCCAUCAGGAAGAGCCCUUCGAUCUGUCGCAGAAGUCCCAGGGGCAGCUUCGCCUCUCACAGUCAGACGGCGAGAGCGUCCGUGGUGGGAGCUCCAGUCGAGAGGAAGACGAGGACAGUCUGUACAGAAUGAGCCAGUACAGCCCUGAUAUCUACAACCCAGCGCUGGAGGCCAGAAAGGCUGAUGAUGAAGAUGACGGGGAGGACGAGGAGGCCCAUGAUAAGAAGAAAUGUUAUGAUGACAAAGAGGAGCUCCAGAGCAGAAGCUACUGUGAGAGUCAACAGAGCUCAAUCUCUGAUGCAGAACUCGACUUACACUGCAAAAGACCAUGUUUAAAGAUAUAGUUCACCCAAAAAUAACGAUUCUGUAAUAAUUUACUCACCCUCAUGCCAUCCCAGCUGUGUGACUUUCUUUCUUCUGCAAAAC